AUGAAAUCAAGGAUAACGAUCGCGCUUGUCGUGCGCAUCGCUCUUGCAGUCUUCACGCGCACUUUCUUCCAACCGGACGAAUAUUUCCAGGCACUAGAGCCGGCCCACCAUAUCGUGUUCGGAUAUGGCUUUAUGACCUGGGAAUGGCUAGCGACACAGCCGAUCCGCAGCAUAGUGUACCCAGCUUUGAACGUCCCGAUCUACUGGUUGCUCAAAGUCAUGAGACUGGACGAUACAAAGCUAUUGGUAUUGGCUCCCAAGGUACUUCACGGCGCGCUGGCUGCUGGCACAGACGUAUACGUGCGCGAGCUGGCUCGUGUGAUCGUCGGCGAGCGGUACGUCGAUGUAACGUACAUGGUAUCACUGUUGUCCUGCUUUCACGGCGUUGCCUUAUCUCGCUCGUUAUCAAAUUCACUCGAGACGACCCUCACGACCACGGCACUUGCGCACUUUCCUUGGGAUUCGAUCAACAUCAAGCCGUGGAAGUUGCGUCGUUGUCUUGCUUUCGCUGCGCUCGCUUGUAUGGUGCGGGUGACAAACGCGAUAUUAUGGGUCUUCUUAGCCCCACUGUUGCUUUGGAGGAUCCGCAAACAACCAUCGCUCUGCGUGGGGCUCAUCAGAGAUGCAUUGCUUAUCGGGUUAGGCGCUUUGGCUUUGCUUAUAGCCCUGGACAGCGCUUACUACGGGAAGCUCACUGUGACUCCAUUGUCUUUCCUGGAGACCAAUGCAUCGUCAGUUUCACUAUUUUACGGGAAUGCCGCGUGGCAUUACUAUACUACCCAGGCCCUUCCCGUACUUCUCGGACCGGCGCUGCCCUUCUUCGUUUCAGGUGUCUGGAGUGUCAUCAAAGAGGGGGAUCUCCGACCGAAGCAAGCACUUGCGUUUAUCCUCUGGGUCACCACAGCGUACUCUUUCUUUGGCCACAAGGAAUGGCGAUUUUUGCAUCCCGUAUUGCCUAUGAUGCACGUCAUCUCGGCAAAAUACGUCGUCGACUCAUAUCACGCACGUACACCAGCCGGAUUGCGCCAAGGGAUUGCCAUUCGCCCUGCUCACUUUAUAGUUCUGUCUACAGCCAUCCCCUUGGUCUUCUAUGCAUCACUCUUCCACUCGAGCGCCCAGAUCAGUGUCAUGGAAUAUCUUCGGGCACUGCCCGAAUCAAGACUCCACAGCGUCGGCUUCCUUAUGCCGUGUCACUCAACACCGGGCCAGUCACAUCUACACAAGCCGUCACUCGAGGUCUGGGCGCUGGGAUGCGAGCCGCCUCUCGGUCUUGACGUGGGGACCGCGAAGUUGUACAGGGAUCAAACAGAUGUCUUCUUUGCCGAACCCCUGCAGUACAUGGACAAGCACUUUCCGUCUACCGUGAACUCGUCUUUCCCGCCGUCACCUCUACCGACGACGCCUCCUGGAACGACGAGCAGUGGAAUAUGGGUCCACGAAUGGCCUACCCACCUUGUGCUGUUCGGGGCCUUGUUACACGAGGAGGGUGUCGAGUACAAACUGAGAGACCUCGGAUACAACCAGGUUUGGCAUGCGGGAAACGGGAUAGAGGAGGAUCCACGCAGGCGUGGCGGUGUUAGAGUCUGGUUAUGGAAUGAAUUUGCAUAA